AUGUAUACGCUCUUGGCCUGUGGCCGGGCGAGUUCAGCUGCAGCAACAUCUGCUUGGAGCUGCAGUAACUAUUUCGUGGUCAACGAGAUGAGAGUGCAGCUCAUCUGUUUCGCUGUCUUGGAAAUUCUGUGCAUUGGCUGUGCCACUGAAGCAGCGGUGCAGCCCGCCGCCGCCGCCUCCGUUCACGUUCUGGUGGAUCGCGGGGAGGAUUUUGUCCAGUGGCUGGCCAAAAUCUUGCUGCCCACAGCAGCCCAACGAGAGGCAGUCACAGCUCGAUCCACCCAAGUGGAGCCGCUGGAACGGGAAUGCACCGCCUGCCGCUGCGGGCUGAUCUAUACGCUGGAUAGCCAGCAUGCUUCCAGGGCGCCGAGUCGCCAUCAUUAUCCCUGGCUGGCUAUGGUGCUGCUGGCAGGAGACUUCCACUGCGCCGGCUCGCUGAUCAGCGACCUCUAUGUGCUCACAGCUGGCCAUUGUGUGGAGGGCGUGCCGACUGAGCUCAUCCAAGUGCAUCUGCUCGAGCCCAAUCGCAGCGCCAGCGAUGCUCAGGUGCUCGAACGUCAAGCCACGCACGUGACGGUGCACGAGCUAUAUAAGCCAUAUAGUUUCGAUCAUGAUAUUGCCCUGAUACGGCUGGAUCGUCCGGUGAGCUUUGAGCAACGUCUGCGACCCGUUUGCCUGCCCUCAGCCAGCGCCAGCUACGAGGGCGAAUGGGCCAAGCUAACGAGCUGGAGUGGGCCAAGACAGAGUGCGGCCUUUGGAAUGCAAAGCCUAAAGGAAGUCGAUGUGCUCAUCCUAAGCCAAUCCGAGUGCCGCCGCACCAGCUCCACCAACAAUUUGCUCUGUGCCAACUGCCUGGAGGAUGCCUGCAGCGUCGACAGCGACGGCUCGCUCCAUGUGCUCUUCGACGAGCUGCUGGGUCAGCAUCAGCUAGUCGGACUUGUCUCCAAGGCGCCGGACCGCUACACACCUGUGAAUCAAUACCUGCGCUGGAUUAAGGCCAACACUGCCAAUGCCUGCUACUGCAUGGAUUUAGCCGGCGAGGACUACUAG